UCCCCCAAGUAGUACCGCGCCGCUCCGCCCUGGAGUGACGCCCUCCGCCCAUGGGCCUGGCCGAGGGCAACUGGCGGGCGGCGCGGAGGAGGCGGCGGCAGCAGGUGGCGUGGAGCAGGGCCGGAGCCGGGCCGGGCCAUGGCCGCCUCCGAGCGGCUCUACGAGUUGUGGCUGCUCUACUACGCGCAGAAGGACCUGGGCUACCUGCAGCAGUGGCUGAAGGCCUUUGUGGGUGCCUUCGAGAAGAGCAUCUCACUAUCCUCUCUGGAGCCACGCAGGCCGGAGGAGGCAGGUGCGGAGGUGCCGCUGCUACCCCUGGAUGCGCUGCUUGUGCUGGCCAAGCAGCUGGACGAGGGAGACCUGGAGCAAGCCCUGCUGCUGCUCAAGCUCUUCAUCAUUCUCUGCAGGAACCCAGAGAAUGUAGAGGCAGGCUGGGGCCAGGUGCUGGUGCCCCGAGUGCUGGCAUUGCUGACCCGGUUGGUGGCUGAGCUGAAAGGACCCCCACCACUGCAGGAGGGCUGUGGGCCCCAGCUGGAAAACAUAGCCCUGCAUGCCUUGCUUCUCUGUGAAGGCCUCUUUGACCCCUAUCAAACCUGGCGACGCCAGCACAGUGGGGAAGUCAUCAGCUCCAAGGAGAAGAGCAAAUACAAGUUCCCUCCUGCUACUUUGCCCUGUGAAUUCAGCACCUUCUUCCGAGAGAGCCUGCAGGAUGCAGAUCACUUGCCUUCCACGCUGCUACUGCGUCUCAUUCACCUCUUUGGUGCUGUCCUUGCGGGAGGGAAGGAGAACGGGCAGAAGGCUGUGAGCGCUGGCUCUGUGCAGGGCCUGCUGGGUGUGGUACGGGGCUGGGGCCACCGGCCAGCCCAGGACCCCCGCCUAGUGCCGCUAGCACUGGAGGCGCUGGUGGGUGCGGUACAUGUCCUGCACACCAGCCGCACACCUCCCCGGGGGCCAGAGCUCCGAGCCCUACUUGAAGGCUACUUCCGUGUCCUUAAUACUGACUGGCCGGCUGGGCCAAGUCCAGGCCCCGAAGAGGCUCUUGUCACCCUGCGGGUCAGCAUGCUUGACGCCAUCCCCACGAUGCUGACAUGCGAGGACCGUCCAGUGCUGCAGGCCACCUUCCUCAGCAACAAUUGCUUUGAACACCUUAUUCGUCUCAUCCAGAACAGCAAGCUGUACCUGCAGGCCCGGGCGCCCCCUGAGGGGGACAGUGACCUGGCUACCCGGUUACUGACUGAGCCCGAUGUCCAGAAGGUACUGGACCAGGGCACAGAUGCCAUUGCAGUCCAUGUAAUCAGAGUGCUGACCUGCAUCAUGAGUGGCUCCCCCUCAGCCAAGGAGGUGUUUAAGGAGCGCAUAGGCUACCCUCACCUGCACGAGGUUCUGCAGAGCCACGGUCCCCCCACCCAUCGGCUGUUACAAGAACUACUCAACAUGGCUGUGGAGGGCGACCACAGCACCCGUCCGCCGCCUCCAAUCCGCAACGAGCAGCCAGUCCUGGUGCUGGUGCGGUGGCUGCCAGCACUGCCCACCGCUGAGCUGCGGCUCUUCCUAGCACAGCGCCUCUGGUGGCUCUGUGACAGCUGCCCUGCCAGCCGUGCCACGUGUGUGCAGGCCGGUCUGGUUGGCUGCCUGUUGGAGACACUCAGCAUGGGGGUAGCCCUGGGAGCCCGCUGCCAGGAGCAGCUGCUGGCGCUGCUGCAAGCAUUGGGCCACGUGUCGCUAAGGCCCUUGGAGCUGCGGCACUUGCUUCGCCCCCCGCCAGGGCUGGACCCGGGGCCGGGCGGAGACGAGGCUGGGAACGCCCGACACGCAGGUGCCAUCAUUCGCGCGCUCUCAGGCAUGGCCCGGCACCGGGGCCCGGCACGAGCCCUACGGUACUUUGACCUCACGCCCAGCAUGGCGGGUAUCAUGGUACCCCCUGUGCAGCGAUGGCCUGGACCUGGCUUCACCUUCCACGCCUGGCUCUGUCUGCACUCCACGGCUGCAGCACCUGCGCCAGCUCCCACCCGGCCGCUUCAGCGAAAGCAACUGUACAGCUUCUUCACCAGCAGUGGCUCAGGGUUUGAAGCCUUCUUCACGGCGGCUGGGACCCUGGUGGUGGCCGUGUGCACCCGGAAGGAGUACUUGACCAUGAGCUUGCCUGAAGUGUCCUUUGCCGACUCUGCCUGGCACUGUGUGGCCAUCGUCCAUGUGCCUGGGCGCCGGCCCUUCAGCCAGAACCUGGUCCAUGUCUACAAAGACGGCCAUCUGGUCAAGACAGCACCCCUUCGCUGCCCCUCCCUCAGUGAGGAACUGGAUGCAGGUGGAAGGAACCCCAGGCUCUGCUGUGACCUGACCAGUCCCCCAACCCUGGCCCCGCAGCCUUUCUCCUCCUGCUGUAUCGGCUCUGCUGGGCACCGCACAACGACCACCACCACGGGGCUGCCUGCGCCACCAGUCCCUGCUGCCCUGGCUCACACUCACCCCUCCCUCACCCGCUCCCAGUCAGUCCCGGCCACCACAGGGCUUGGCUGGGGGUCCGGGCUGGUGGCCCCCCUGCAGGAGGGCAGCGUCAGCUCCACCCUUGCAGGCACACAGGACACUCGGUGGGGCAGCCCUACAUCCCUGGAGGGCGAGCUGGGGGCCGUGGCCAUCUUCCAUGAAGCCCUGCAGGUGGCAGCCCUGCGGGCCCUGUGCACCCUGGGGCCCAAUGAGACAGCACCCUUCAAGCCCGACGGUGAACUGCAUGAGCUUGGCACCAAGCUGCUCCUCCAUUAUUCACCUCAGGCCUGUAAGAACAACAUCUGCCUGGACCUGUCCCCUGGUCACGGGCUAGAUGGCCGCCUGACGGGCCACAGGGUAGAGACCUGGGACGUGAAGGAUGUGGUGAAUUGUGUGGGAGGCAUGGGUGCCCUGCUGCCCCUGCUGGAGCGAGUGGCUGCACAGCCCCAGGAGGCUGAGGCUGGUCCCGCAGAAACACACGACCUUGUGGGGCCCGAACUGACCUCCAGCCACAACACCCAGGGCCUGCUCCUCCCGCUGGGCAAGUCCUCAGAGGAGCGGAUGGAGAGAAAUGCAGUGGCUGCCUUUCUGCUGAUGCUGCGGAACUUCCUGCAGGGCCAUGCUGUGAACCAGGAGAGCCUGGUGCAGUGCCAGGGGCCUGCUAUCAUUGGAGCCCUCCUGCGCAAGGUCCCCAGCUGGGCCAUGGACAUGAAUGUGCUCAUGUCCGCCCAGCUGCUGAUGGAGCAGGUGGCAGCCGAGGGCAGUGGGCCCCUCCUGUACUUGCUCUACCAGCAUUUGCUCUUCAACUUUCACCUCUGGACCCUCAGCGACUUUGCUGUGCGCCUAGGCCACAUCCAGUACGUCUCUAGCAUAGUCCGUGAGCACAGACAGAAGCUGCGGAAGAAGUAUGGGGUCCAGUUCAUCCUCGAUGCCCUGCGCACCCACUACAGCCCACAGCGGGAGCGCCCCCUAGCGGCUGACGACCUGCGCACGGUGCAGACUUCACUCCUGGGCCUGGCGCGGGAGUUCCUAGUGCGGAGCUCCUCCGCUGAUGACCUGCAGGUGGUGCUGAACUUUCUGGCGGCUGCGGGUGACGAUGGCCAGGUGGUGGGUGCGCUGGACCUGCUGCUGGCCCUGCUGCAGGGCUCACCAGCACAGGAGUCUUUGGCUGUCUUUCUGCUGGAGCCAGGGAACCUUGAGGUGCUGCUGGCAUUGCUGGUGCGGCCAAGGUCCAUGCCCCUGCUGCCCGACCGAGUCUGCAAGAUCCUGCGCAGACUGCAGCAGAAUGAGCGCUUACCUGAGCGCAGCCGCCAGCGGCUUCGGCUACGAGAUUAUGGUCUCCAGGGUCUUGUCGCCUGCCUGCCCGAGGGGGCCGUUUCCCUGCAGCUCUGUCAGGGGCUCUACAGGCUGUUCCUGGGGGCAGAUUGCCUGAACCUCUCAGAUCUGUUGGCUGUGGUGCAGCUGUCCCUCCAGGCAGACCUCAGCGUCCGCCUGGACAUUUGUCGCCAGCUCUUCCACCUCAUCUAUGGACAGCCAGACAUAGUGCGGCUGCUGGCCCGACAGGCUGGCUGGCAAGACGUGCUAACCCGGCUGUUUGUCCUGGAAGCUGUCACAGCCAGCAGUCCCCUGCCCUUUUCUCCUGAGCCACCCACCUCCCCGGAGCCAGCCUUACACAAGCCACCCACUGAGUCACCUGAGCCUUCGGACGUCUUCCUGCCCUCAGAGGUCCCCUGCCCUGACCCUGAUGCCUUUUACCAUGCUCUCUCCCCAUUCUGCACACCCUUUGAGCUGGGCCUGGAACGGGCCAGUGUGGGCUCAGGCAACACUGCUGGUGGUGGCAGCGGCAGCGGCAGUGGGACUCUGACGCCAGCCAGCCAGCCUGGCACACCUUCCCCCCUGGAUGGGCCCCGGCCCUUCCCUGCCGCCCAUGGUCACCACAGUUCCAGUCUCUCCAAUGUGCUGGAGGAUGGCAGCCUGCCAGAGCCCACCAUCAGUGGGGAUGACACCUCUAAUACCAGUAACCCUCAGCAAACUUGUGAGGAGGAGCUUUGCAACCUACUCACCAACGUGCUGUUCUCGGUGACUUGGCGGGGCGUGGAUGGCAGUGAUGAGGCUGCCUGGCGGGAGCGCGGCCAGGUCUUCUCUGUGCUCACUCAGCUGGGGGCCUCAGCCACGCUUGUGCGCCCACCAGACUGCAUCAAGCGUAGCCUCCUGGAGAUGAUGCUGGAAUCAGCCCUGACUGACAUCAGAGAGGCCUCCCUUGGGGUCCUGGCUAGCCUCACCCAGCAUGCACUUUGGCUGCUGCGCCUGCUGCAGGACUUUCUGUGCGCGGAGGGCCACGGUAACCAGGAGCUGUGGAGUGAGAAGCUCUUUGAAGGUGUGUGCAGCCUGCUUGAUCGCCUGGGAGCUUGGCCACACCUGGCCAAUGGCACCGCGGAUCUCCGAGAGAUGGCACAGAUUGGCCUGCGCCUCGUGCUUGGCUACAUCCUGCUGGAGGACCCACAGCUGCACGCCCAGGCCUAUGUGAAACUGCACGCGCUGCUGCAGACCGCAGUGCCCAUGCGCCGGGAGGAGGCCUGCUAUGUGCUCUCCAAGCUGGAGGCGGCUCUGGCACGGGCGCUUAACACCCCACCCUCAGGGACUCCCCCUGGGGACCAGGAGCGCCCCGCUGCAGUCGCCGCUGCGGAGCGAUGCUCAUGGCUGGUGCCGCUGGUGCGCACGCUGCUGGACCGUGCCUACGGGCCCUUGGGGCUUCAGUGGGGGCUGCCUUCCCUGCCGCCCACCAACGGCAGCCCUACCUUCUUCGAGGACUUCCAGGCCUUUUGUGCCACCCCCGAAUGGCGUCAUUUCAUCGACAAGCAGGUGCAGCCCACCAUGUCGCAGUUCGAAAUGGACACCUAUGCUAAGAGCCAUGACCUCAUGUCGGGCUUCUGGAACACCUGCUACGACAUGCUCAUGAGCAGUGGGCAGCGGCGCCAGCGGGAACGGGCGCACAGCCGUCGGGCCUUCCAGGAGCUGGUGCUGGAACCUGCGCAGCGGCGGGCGCGCCUGGAGGGGCUGCGCUAUGCAGCGGCGCUAAAACAACAGGCAACGCAGCACUCUACCGCCCUGCUCCACUGGGGGGCGCUGUGGCGUCAGCUCUCUAGCCCCUGCGGGGCCUGGGCCCUGAGGGACCCUCCGGCCCCCCGCUGGAAGCUGUCCAGUGCCGAGACAUAUUCGCGCAUGCGUCUGAAGCUGGUGCCCAACCACAACUUCAACCCUCACCAGGAAGCCAGCGCCUUACGCGACAACCUGGGUGAGGCUCCUCUGACACCCACCGAGGAGGCCUCGCUGCCUCUAGCAGUGACCAAAGAGGCCAAAGUCAGCACCCUACCCGAGGAGCUGCAGGAAGACCAGCUGGGCGAGGAUGAUCUGGCUGCACUGGAGAUGGCGUUGGAGGCAGCAGAACUGGACGAGCAGCAUGAGAAGCUGGUGCUGUCAGCUGAGUGCCAACUGGUCACGGUGGUAGCUGUGGUCCCAGGGCUGCUGGAGGUCACCACACAGCACGUGUAUUUCUAUGAUGGCAGCACUGAGCGUGUCGAAACUGAGGAAGGCAUCGGCCAUGACUUCCGGCGCCCACUGGCCCAGCUGCGCGAGGUCCACCUACGGCGUUUCAACCUGCGCCGCUCAGCACUUGAGCUCUUCUUUAUUGAUCAGGCCAACUACUUCCUCAACUUCCCGUGCAAGGUGGGCGGGGCCGCAGCCUCAUCUCCUUUCCAGGCCCCUAGGCCCCAGCCCUGCCCCAUCCCGCCCCACACCCAGGUACGGAACCAGGUGUACUCGUUGCUCCUGCGCCUACGACCCCCUACCCAAGGCUACCUGAGCAGCCGCUCCCCCCAGGAGAUGCUGCGCGCCUCAGGCCUUACCCAGAAAUGGGUACAGCGUGAGAUCUCCAACUUCGAGUACUUGAUGCAACUCAACACCAUCGCGGGGCGGACCUACAAUGACUUAUCUCAGUACCCUGUGUUCCCCUGGGUCCUACAGGACUACGUGUCCCCAGCCUUGGACCUCAGCAACCCAGCCGUCUUCCGGGACCUGUCCAAACCCAUCGGUGUGGUGAACCCCAAGCAUGCCCAGCUCGUGAGGGAGAAGUAUGAGAGCUUCGAGGACCCAGCAGGCACCAUUGACAAGUUCCACUAUGGCACCCACUAUUCCAACGCGGCAGGCGUGAUGCACUACCUCAUCCGUGUGGAACCCUUCACCUCCCUGCACGUCCAGCUGCAGAGUGGCCGCUUUGACUGCUCUGACCGGCAGUUCCACUCGGUGGCGGCAGCCUGGCAGGCCCGCCUGGAGAGUCCAGCCGAUGUGAAGGAGCUCAUCCCAGAGUUUUUCUACUUUCCGGACUUCCUAGAGAACCAGAACGGCUUUGACCUGGGCUGCCUCCAGCUGACCAACGAGAAGGUGGGAGACGUGGUGCUGCCCCCGUGGGCCAGCUCUCCUGAAGACUUCAUCCAGCAGCACCGCCGGGCUCUGGAGUCAGAGUAUGUGUCUGCCCACCUGCACCAGUGGAUCGACCUCAUCUUUGGCUACAAACAGCGGGGUCCAGCCGCGGAAGAGGCCCUCAACGUCUUCUAUUACUGCACCUAUGAGGGGGCUGUGGACCUGGACCAAGUGGCAGAUGAGCGGGAACGGAAGGCUCUGGAGGGCAUUAUCAGCAACUUUGGGCAGACUCCCUGUCAGCUGCUGAAGGAGCCACAUCCGGCACGGCUCUCAGCUGAGGAAGCAGCCCAACGCUUUGCACGUCUGGACACUAACUCACCUAGCAUCUUCCAGCACCUAGACCAGCUCAAGGCCUUUUUUGCAGAGGUCAUCAGUGAGGGCGUGCCCCUCGUACUGGCUCUGGUUCCCCACCGGCAGCCCCACUCCUUCAUCACCCAGGGCUCCCCAGACCUGUUGGUCACUGUGAGUGCCAGUGGGCUGCUGGGCACCCACAGCUGGCUGCCCUAUGACCGCAACAUAAGCAACUACUUCAGCUUCAGCAAAGACCCCACCAUGGGCAAUCCCAAGACGCAGCGACUGCUGAGCGGCCCGUGGGUGCCAGGCAGUGGCGUAAGUGGGCAAGCUCUGGCGGUGGCCCCCGACGGGAAGCUGCUGUUCAGUGGUGGCCAUUGGGACUGCAGCCUGCGAGUGACUGCGCUACCCCGGGGCAAGCUGCUGAACCAGCUCAGCCGCCACCUUGAUGUAGUAACCUGCCUUGCACUGGACUCCUGUGGCAUCUACCUCAUCUCAGGCUCCCGGGACACCACGUGCAUGGUGUGGCGGCUCCUGCAACAGGGUGGUCUCUCAGUGGGGCUGGCAUCAAAGCCUGUGCAGAUCCUAUAUGGGCACGAAGCUGCAGUGAGCUGUGUGGCCAUCAGCACUGAACUCGACAUGGCGGUCUCUGGAUCUGAGGAUGGAACUGUGAUCAUCCAUACUGUACGCCGUGGCCAGUUUGUAGCAGCACUAAGGCCCCCUGGGGCCACAUUGCCUGGACCUGUGUCCUACCUGGCGCUGGGGUCAGAGGGCCAGAUUGUGGUGCAGAGCUCAGCGCGGGAGCGUCUGGGGGCUCAGGUCACCUACUCCUUGCACCUGUACUCGGUGAAUGGGAGGCUGAGAGCUUCACUGCCCCUGGUGGAGCAGCCCACAGCCCUUGCGGUGACGGAGGACUUUGUUCUGCUGGGCACGGCCCAGUGUGCCCUACACAUCUUCCACUUGAACAAACUGCUGCCAGCCACGCCUCCCCUGCCCAUGAAGGUGCCCAUCCGCAGCGUUGCUGUGACCAAGGAGCACAGCCAUGUGCUCGUGGGCUUGGAGGACGGCAAGCUUAUCGUGGUGGGCGCAGGGCAGCCCUCUGAGGUGCGCAGUAGCCAGUUCGCGCGGAAGCUGUGGCGGUCCUCGAGGCGCAUCUCCCAGGUGUCCUCCGGGGAGACAGAGUACAACCCUGGAGAGGCCCGCUGACAGCCCUGCGCCCCACUGCGCAGCUCCGCCCCCAGCAGUUUCCGCCUCCGAGGCCCCACCCAGGAGUCCACAGGAGGAGGCGACACCCAGCCUCAGGGGGUGGGCAGGGCCCCCACCUCCGCCCAGCUCAGGGAUUGGCGGGCGGUGUCACUCCAGGAAGUCCGGCCCCUCGCCGGCAGAGGGGCCGCCCAGAGUCCUAGCACUGGCCUCAGUGGCCGCAAGCAUUUUUGCACAAUCUGAGGAGGGGGAUCCAGGCUCCCAGGGCCCCGUCCCGCCGUAGCACAGGGGCCGGGCUGUGGCCUUAAUCCUAAGGGCGCACCCCCCACCCCCGUUCUCCCAUCUCAGCAAUAAACCUGGACUAGUUUUGUA